AUGGGAAAACCCAAGGCAGCGAGGCCCGCUGACACGCACGUCUCGGGCCAGUCGAACAAACCACUCUCCCAGCCCGCCCACGCCUUGUCUUUCCAGCAGCUGGCCGAGGAACUCCGCGCCGACACCAACCACGGGCUCUCGUCGGUCGACGCCAAGGCGCGCCUGGAGGAGUACGGCCACAAUGACCUCGGCGAGGCGGAGGGCGUGCAGCCCUUCAAGAUCAUUAUAGCCCAGGUCGCCAACGCCAUGACCAUGGUCCUCAUCCUCGCCAUGGCCGUCAGCUUCGGCAUCGGCUCGUGGAUCGAGGGCGGCGUCAUCACCUUUGUCAUCCUCCUCAACGUCGUCGUCGGCUUCUUCCAAGAGUUCUCGGCCGAGAAGACGAUGGACUCGCUGCGGUCUCUGAGCUCGCCCACAGCCAGCAUCGUGCGCGACGGCGAGACCAUGGUCGUGCCGUCGGGCGACAUCGUUCCCGGCGACCUCGUCGAGAUCAAGACGGGCGACACCAUCCCCGCGGAUGUCAGACUCACCGAGGCCGUCAACUUCGAGACGGACGAGGCGCUGCUGACGGGCGAAUCCCUCCCCGUGCGCAAGAACCAGGGCAGCGUGUUCCCGGACGCCACGGGCCCGGGCGACCGGCUCAACGUGGCCUACAGCUCGUCGACGGUGACCAAGGGCCGGGCCAAGGGCGUCGUCUUCGCGACGGGCGUCUACACCGAGAUCGGCGCCAUUGCGUCGGCGCUGCGCAAGAAGGACUCCCGCGUGCGCGAGGUCAAGCGCAAGCCCGACGGCCGGGCGAAGCCGCACCGCUACCUCGAGGCCUACACGCUCACCUUGACCGACGCCGUCGGGCGCUUCCUGGGCGUCAACGUCGGCACGCCGCUGCAGCAGAAGCUCUCCAAGCUGGCGAUGCUGCUGUUCGGCAUCGCCAUCGUCUGCGCCAUCAUCGUGCUCGGCGCCAACCGGUUCGAGGCCUCGCAGGAGGUCAUCAUCUACGCCGUCGCCACAGGACUGUCCAUGAUCCCGGCCAGCCUCGUCGUCGUGCUGACCAUCACCAUGGCCGCCGGCACGAAGCGCAUGGUGCGCCGCAACGUCAUCGUGCGCAAUCUCAAGUCGCUCGAGGCCCUCGGCGCCGUCACCGACAUCUGCUCCGACAAGACGGGCACGCUGACGCAGGGCAAGAUGCUCGCCCGCGGCGCCUGGUUGCCGGGCAGGGGUACCUACACGGUCGAGGGGGCGACGUCGCCGAUGGACCCGACGACGGGCGAGAUCCGCUUCGACGAGCGUUCGCCGCGGCACCUCAACUUCAAGAGGGGAGGGGACGCGUGCGGCAGCGUUGUCGAGGCCGGCCAGCUGCUUCGCGACAGCCCGGCGGUGCUCGCGGCGUUCCUCCGCGUCGCGGCCCUCGCCAACCUCGCCACCAUCACCAAGAAGGACGACGGUCAGUGGGCGGCGCGCGGCGACCCGACCGAGAUCGCGAUCCAGGUGUUCGCCUCGCGCUUCGACUGGAACCGGCUGCGGCUGACGACGGGCGACGAUCCCGAGUGGAGCGAGAUGGCCGAGCUGCCCUUCGACUCGGACGUCAAGCGCAUGUCGGUCGUCAUGAGGCACAACGCCACGGGCGAGCUGCACGCCUACACCAAGGGCGCCGUCGAGAGGGUCGUGCAGAUCUGCACAAAGUACACGCCCAAAGACGGUGGCGGCGACAAUGACGACACGCUCGCCGAUGUGACGCCCGCGUUCCGCGAGGAAGUCCUCCGCAACAUGGAGGCCCUGGCCGGCAUGGGCCUCCGCGUGCUCGCGCUCGCCAGCAAGCGGUACGACGGCCCCGCGCUGAACAAGGGCGACGAGGUCAACCGGGCCUCGGUCGAGUGCGACCUCGUCUUCCGCGGCCUCAUUGGCUUGUACGACCCACCCCGGCCCGAGUCGGCGCCGGCCGUGAGGCAGUGCCACGAGGCCGGCAUCUCGGUCCACAUGCUCACCGGCGACCACCCGGAGACGGCCAAGGCCAUCGCCGUCGAGGUCGGCAUCCUGCCGUCCCGGAUGGAGCGUGUGGCGCGCAACGUGGCCGACGCCAUGGUCAUGACGGCCUCGCAGUUCGAUGCCCUGACGGACGACGAGGUCGACCGGCUGCCGGUGCUCCCGCUCGUCAUUGCCCGGUGCGCGCCGAGCACAAAGGUGCGGAUGAUUGAGGCUCUCCACCGCCGGAAGAAGUUUUGCGCCAUGACCGGCGACGGCGUCAACGACUCCCCCUCCCUCCGCCGCGCCGACGUCGGCAUCGCCAUGGGCCAGUCCGGCUCCGACGUCGCCAAAGACGCCUCGGACAUCGUGCUCACCGACGACAACUUCGCCUCCAUCGUCGCCGCCAUCGAAGAGGGCCGCCGCAUCUUUGACAACAUCCAAAAGUUCGUGCUGCACGUCCUCGCCGAGAACAUCGCCCAGGCCGGCACCUUGCUCGUCGGCCUCACCUUCAAAGACGCCCGCGGCCUGUCCGUCUUCCCGCUCGCGCCCGUCGAGAUCGUCUGGAUCAUCAUGGCCACCUCGGGCAUGCCCGACAUGGGCCUCGGCUUCGAGCGCGCCGUGCCGGACAUCAUGCGCCGCCCACCGCAGUCACUCAAGACGGGCAUCUUCACGGCCGAGUUCCUCGUCGAUAUGGUCGUCUACGGCCUGUGGAUCACGGCGCUGUGCCUGGCGAGCUUCUCGCUCGUUGUUUACGGCUUCGGUGACGGCCGGCUCGGCGAGAACUGCAACGGGAGCUACAAUGAGACGUGCGACACCGUUUUCCGCGCUCGCGCCACCACCUUUGCCUGCCUCACCUGGUUCGCCCUCUUCCUGGCCUGGGAGAUGGUCGACAUGCGCCGGUCCUUCUUCCGCAUGCAGCCCGGCUCGACCCGGUACCUGACCCAGUGGAUGGUGGACGUCUGGCGCAAUAAGUUCCUCUUUUGGGCCAUUAUCGUCGGCUUAGUCACGCUGUUCCCCCUGCUGUACAUCCCCGUCAUCAACACCGACGUCUUCAAGCACAAGGGCAUCUCGUGGGAGUGGGCCAUCGUCUUCAUCGCGGCCGCCCUCUUCUUCGCCGGGGUGGAGUCGUGGAAGUGGGCGAAACGCGUCUAUUUCAGGAAGCAGAGCCGCAAGAGGCUCGGCGUCGCGUGGAAGGACAUGGACAUUGAGCAGAGGGUCUUUGGCGAGUACCUCGGCGGCGUUGCCGACGACGAUCACCACACCGAGGUGGGCGACUAUGACCACGACCUGGAAAAGGAGGGUUUGGAGAAGUGA